AUGCCUCCCACAUUACCCAUCGACCUCGCCAACUUCCCGGCUUUUCAGACGAGGAAGGCUCUCUUGGUUCUCGACUUGCAAAAUGAAUUUCUGUCGCCCGGCGGCACGCUACCUGUGUCAGCACCAGUCGGGUACGUGGAACGGGCCCUCAAAGUCGCCAAAGCGUUUCGCGACUCUGGAACCGGUGACGUCUUUUGGAUUCGCAGCCAGUUCGAUUCCCACCGUCCAACCGAAAAUGCACAGAUAAUCACAUUGGCCAACUCCAGCACAGCCGGUCCCAGGCAGAGCACGUCACGAGGCCGCCGGCGUGAGCCCGAGCCACUGGUCGGGGACCCGGACGCCGACCUCGAGGCUUUCCUAAGCACGGGCGGCCCAACACCCCAGGACAAGCAAAGACAGCACCAACAGCGCAGCCAAUGUCUUCUUCCCGGCAGCCACGGCAGCGAACUCGCACCCCAAGUAGCUGCUUCCGUGAACGCCCGCCUGGAUCUCGUCAUUGCCAAGUCACACUACUCAGCCUUUGAGUCUACCCAGCUUCUCAUGCGCCUUCGCACGCGUUUUGUCACCGAGCUGUACAUCUGCGGCGCCCUCACCAACGUCAGCAUUUACGCCACGGCUCUGGAUGCCGCACGCCACGGCCUCACCCUCACCAUUAUCGAAGAUUGCUGCGGCUACCGCGAUGUAACCCGCCACAGCGACGCCAUUAGGAGCUUGGUGCAGCUCACUGGAUGUGACACAUUGCCAGCUGAACAAGUCCUCCAGACGUUCGCGGCCCAGUCCCCCGAUGCGAAGCCAGCGGUUACCGAUUUUGCCGCAGCCAUCGCCGCCAUUACAGCGUCCAGCAAUGGACCGCCCCGGGCGCGGGGGUCAGCCAAACAGGCGUCAUCCGGGCCCAUAGCCGUCGGCGGAAGUGGCAUCGGCGGUGCCGCCGUGGUUGUUGGUGGUGGGAACAGUGGGGGUCUACCCCUAAAGCAGUCUCCCAAAAUGAGCCGGAGACGUCACCACCGCUACAAGCCGUGGUAG